GAGGGAUGGGACAGGGAAGCAAAGGGCCUGGAUGACAGGAUGCUAUGACUGGGGAAGUAUGCCUUAGUGACUGUCCCAUGGACAUAGUGAACCUCUGCAGAGUUGGAGGUGGUGGUGGGAAAGGGUGAGGUCAGAGAAGUGGCGGCUUCUUCCAGAUGGCUGAUGCUGGGGGUUGGAUCACGACCUCUAUGACCCGAGACCCCGCUUUCACCCAGGUGCUUGCCAAGCCUGCUUUCUGCAUGCUGCUCCUGGCUAUACUGGACUCGGCUCUAGGGCGCGGCGGCAGACGCAAGGAUUGCAACGUGCCCGAUGUGCUUCGGCAUUACCGCGCUGUCAUCUUUGAGGAGCUACAAGCCGUGGUGAGAAAGACCCCGCGGGGACUGCUUUUUCUUGGGAAGGGCCAUGGGUUGUGGGAACAGAACCUGUGGCCGGGGGGCUGGGCCUGGGAAUGGGUAAGAGUCGCAGGAGCUGCUUAUUCAUGUCUGUUGGGCCAGGGCCAGUUUCUUCUUUGGUUUUAUCCAGAAAAACUUGGCAAGCACCAGGGGUCUCAGGCGCCUGGGACGAGGGCGAGCAGGGGGCGCCUCCUGUCGGGCAGAAAAGGUAACUUCUCAGAGAAGAGUUCUUGCUCCACCCCGCCCAGAGAGUUGGGAAAAGGAGUUGGGACUCUUCCAGGACUAGGCAGCUUCAGUCCCUUUCUUGUCACCUUCUUCUUCUCUCUCCCCUUCUCCCCUCCCCAGGAGCACCGCAUCUUGAUGUCUAUCUCGUCCAUGGGACAGGCUCUGCGCAAGUCUGUAGCGGGAACCGGGGCCGGAGCCGGACGCCGCCGCGGAGCCCUGGAGAAGGCUGUGUGGACGGUGGCCAUGCACACUGAAGCAGUGACCCGAGAGUACUGCGGGACUCUGCAUCAGGUCCGUCCCCGCCCCUCACCCCCAUUCCUGGAGGGGCCUUGUCCUCACAGAGCAGAGGUUGCAGUUAACUUGUCCCUCAGAGGGACAUCUGGACAGAGAGCCCUCACAGCUUUGCCCGCAGUUUUUCCGCAGAGCAGCAGUGUGAGCUGCAUUCACUGUCCCCACUGUCAGCGAAGCCAGAAGCGGCUGAGCCAGGACUGGCAGGAGCGGAAGCGAGGUCCGGAGAUGGAGCCAGAGCUGAACCUGGAGCCUGCCCUUGUCCCGGGUCAGAGUCGGGGUCGGGGCCAGAGACGGCGUCUUUUGGGAGCCGUGGAACACCUGGCUGCCUGUUGGGAGAAAUUGUUCUCUUUACGCUCCUUGGCUUCGGCCUCCGGGAGCUACUAGAGGAAGAAAUGGGAGUAAGGGAGUGUGGGGAGGUCCGUGGUAUGCCCUCCUCCGUGCCCCGGGCCUCAAGUCUCGGGAUUUCUGGGCUGGAGAAAGAGACCCCAUGGCUUCCCCUGCCAUGUCUCCUCUCCUACCAAUGGGCUGCAAAAAUAGCUGGAUGUGUGGGCGGGCAGGGUGGAACGGAGAAUUUCCUCGUUCUUCAUUUCGGUUCAGUCAGGGAUUCUUAGGUUUGGAGAACUUAAUGCUUCAUCUCUAUAUUCCUCGACUGAGGGAGGGAGAGUCGGAGUUCAUCCCGGGUGGAAGUGGAGGGAUGGAGAGUCGGAGCCGAAAUCUCGUGUCGCUGAAACUACUUUAGCAAUUUACGCUUGUAUAUAUUACCCUAAUAAAGGAAGGGAUGGGAGGGAAGUGUUCUGCUGGGGGAUGCGGGGUGCGGGGAAGGUGAAGUGGUGAGAUGAUGGUGCUAAAAGUGAUAUUUCGAAGAUUGACCUAUUUUAAAACACUUCCCUAAUCAAACAGUGGAAGCUUUUUCUGUACCAAUACCCUUAAGAAACUACGCUGAAGCUGAAUUUCUCUACUCUCUGGCGCUGGCAGCCUAACCCCAACCCAGCCAGCUAUUCUCAAGGAUCUUGUCCUACGGCCAUAUUCCCCCUUCGAGGCCUCAGGGAAGGGUGGAUGGCUGGACCGAGGGGAGUCGUGGAAGGAGUGACUAUAAAAGAUGGUGGAUAGAGAUCAGGUACCGGCUUUACACACACAAAACAAGACCUGGGGCUUUUGGGACAAUUCCAAAACAAUGAAUAGCCUCUUUCAGGCUUUUCAGCUCGUCAGCUUCAUAAAUGUUAUGUGCAUCUUUUUUCCUCACUUCACGUUUAGGAUCCCUAGAGAAAAUAGGUGUGAGUCUGUCAGGCCCAGGUUUCUAGCUAUUUCUUUGAAAAAUCUUCAACGCCUCUGAAAAAUAAAUGGUUUUUGGCUGUAACACCCGGAUAUCACUGGGCCAAUAAUUACAUCAGGCUGGAAUUGACCUAUCCCUGCAUUAAUCUGUCCCAGUACUCACUUUUCUUGGUACAAACUUUCCUGGACUGACAUGCUCACAUAUACAUCUGCCCAGGCACUGACUCUUCCAGAUAUUAAUGUAUCUAGUGGGAGCCCCUGAGCUGGAGAAAAGGUACACAUAGCUCAGUCACAAGGAAGAGAAAUGACUGACCCAAUUUGAUUCUGCAGUCCACUCUAUUCUAUCUCAUAGACAAGGCAGUAGGAAUCUUAAAGUUCUCUUGAAAGGAGAGAGAAGGAUAAGAGGGGCUUAGUUUGGGAUCUGCUCACAGAGAAAGAGGCCACUCCAAAUCUGAUCAGUUCUCAGUUCUAGUUCUCCAUGUGAAGGGGAUAAUUUCACAAUCCUGAGGAUAAAACAACGGGAACUCAAUUUCUCUGUCUUAAAAUCAAAUUCUAAGUUUGAACAACACUGCAGUGUAGGCAUUCACGCCAAUCUGGUCUGUUUUGCUUGCACCAACUUCGGAUGGACUUGAGCCUUCUUAUAACACUCCUUCUAUGCCUUCCUCCCUUCUCAUCUUUCUGUGUUUAGCUUAGUCACAGGGUGUAGGCUGCCCUGGUAUCUCUGAUUUCUCUGUUGGGUCAACUAGAAUGCCAAAGGAAAAGAGCUCCUCUUAUUCAAAUAUAUAAUCUCCUGAGUUUCAUGAGAGGAGGAGUAAAGAACUGCAGAUGGCCUAUGGAGAUCCCAUUUAAUUCUUGCCUUCUAUUAUCCCUUUCUCUCUUCAACUCUCUUCCCUUUCUGUGCUUGUCUAAUCUUUCUGAUAAGGGGAUACAGUGAUUUUUGCAUCGGGGAGAGCUACAAACUUCUCCUAGGAGGCUACUUCCGUGGCCUGAUAUUAGUGGUAUUCAGUGAUGUUUUCUGGGCAUAAACUUUCCCAAUUCCCAGAAACAGCUAUCCCACUAUAUCCUACAGGUUAUUGGGUACAAGAUAUUCUUCUAAGCCCUUCUCCCAUUCAAGAUAAAUUGGCUUAAUGAGGGCCCUUAGCAUUCUAGGUAAAUAUGCCCCACAUUAAUAGGAGUUUCCCCUAAAUCAAACCUUCUUGGGCCAAGCUCACCUAAAUAGAAUCUCUCCUGGACCAGCACCUAAGAUGCUCUUUUGGGUGAGACUCAUCUGGGUCCCUCUCACUUUUGAGAGAGAAGGUCUCCAAAACCCUCCUUAGACCUACUUCAUCCCCACCCCUACUCCCUUGGACCCAGAGCAGACCAGUUUCCCUGCUGUUUCCACUGGUUCCAGAAGUCUGAGGAAAUGGGAGGGAUAUUUUGAUUUAGUGUUAGUUCUAUUAUACAAUUCAGUGUAUUUUUGGAUCCAUAUCUACAUGUGCUGAGGCCACCAGGGGUCAGUAUGCCCUGGCAUGGGCAAGCUGUUCUCUAGGACAAAACCUCCUCUUCCCACUCAUUCUCCUUUCUCAAGAGUCUUGGAUAUGUUAGUGACCAGCAGGGGGCAGACGGAGGUCACGCUGGGCACUUUUUCCUUUAGGAGACUGAGAUGCCUGGCAAGAACUCUGCUUCCAGAACCCAUGGCUACCCUUUGUCCCACCACAGAUCUCGGGAUCCUUCCUGAUCCUAGACUUUAUCUCUCCCCACCACUCCUUUCCCUUCCACCUGCAUUUGUGGGAAGAGGGUUGAAAAGAUGGAGAGAGAUGGGAACCACCCUCCCAAUGAAUGACAUUCUAAUAGGGAUGUAGUUGGUAAAUUGCCACAGUUAACAAUAAUAUAGUGAAAUGUUGCCCCAAAUUAAGAAUUCCUGAGCUUAUGUGGAAAAUUAACCAGUAAGGGAAAGGAGGAUACACACGGAGCUGGUCUGACGUCCAAGCAAUUAUGGAACCCCAGCAUUGGAGAGUUGGAAGGGAUUUCAUUGGCCAUCUAGAAGGAAACCUUAUUGUAACAAUAAGUAGGCAUCCACUCUCUGCUUGAAGACCCCACUGAAAGGGAACCCACCCGGUCUUGAGACAGCCCACUCCACUUUUGAAUAGAUCUAAUUGUUAGGAGCUUUUUCCUGACAACAAGCUUACAUUGUUCUCAUUGCCACUUCCACCUUUUGCUCAUUUCUAUCCUCUGGGGCCAAGAAGAACAAGUCUGACCCCUCUACUAUUGUAAUAUCCCUUCAACCUUUCUCAGUCAAAAUUUAGUGAUGAUUUCUGCAUUCUCUAAGUCUCUCUUGUAGACUGUACAAGGUCUGGGGAAAUUUACAGGCAGCUAGGCUUGACAUGGAAGGAGUUAUAACUACAGGAUUCUGUUUCCUAUUCCCAAAUCAAAGGGGUUUCCGGGCCCAUUUCCCAAGGGGUAGUGCGUUUGCAAUUACGUUCACAUGUGCCUGAAUGUGCACAGGCAUUUUUGUGUUCAACUUACAAAUAUUUACUGAUAAUUAUCAGAGUACAGUUCUAAGCACUGUGGGAGGGACAAAAGAGUAAGAGGUAAUUUAAUUUUGAGGUGAUUUGUAAUGCUGUGUCUAUAUUUUCUUCUCUACUUAUUGACUGGGUAGAAAGUUAGGCAUGCAUAUGAAUGGUAUGGACUCUUACCCCAUGUAAGGAAUCCCUGUUCUAUUUAGACUUUUCACAGAACACCCUCUGAUCUUAAGGAACAAAUGUCUUCCUAUUUUGUGCCUUAUUCUAUGCUAAUUUUCAGAGGAUCAUUAAGCAAAGUAGAGCAUUACCUUUGGUUCUUUUAAUAGAUAGCAAUGAAGUGUUUAGGCUCUACUAUUACUCUUCACUACAGUGACUAUCCUAGCUUGUUUUCAGAUCAUAUACCUCCCAUAUAUGUUACUUCCAAACGAAUAAUUGUUGGUGGUAAAAUUACUUUAUAUGCCUCUCCAUUGGUGUUUCAGAUGGUUUGCACUUUUUAUUCUUCUGAGCGUUUUGCUCCAUAAUUCACAGUUGAAUGGCAAGAGGAAAAAGAAAAGCAUUUAAUAAAUACCUACUAUGUUCUAGGCACUAAGCUAAGUGCUGUACAAAUAAUAUCUCCUUUGAUUCUCCUAAUAAUCCUUGAGUUAGGUUCUGUUAUUUUCCACAUUUUUCAGAUGAAUUAACUGAGAUGGAAAGAGGUUGAAUGACUUGGCCAUAGUUGGCCAAUGACUUGGCUUGUUAGUGUCUCAAGUCAGAUUUGAAUUAAGAUCUUCUUGACUCUAAUGCUCUGGCCACUAUACAAUCUGUUGCCAGUAUUAAUGUUAGAAAAAAAAGGGGGGGGCUUUUGUGGCAGCUUGUAUUCAGGAAAAGCCCCAAACAACUUGCCAAAUAUGAUCAACCUGGUUUUCCUUUUCUUUAUGGAGCCAUCAUCUUCCAUAUGAACUGACUCUUUCAUUAUUGGGAAAACCUCAUCAUCCUACAAGAUCAGCCUUCAUACUCCAUAUUUUCAUUAUUUAUGUCCCUUUGAUUGGAAGGUGAAACUAUACUCUAAAAAUCUCCAUUGAAGGAUGGAGCUCAGUUCAGACUUCUUUUGAUUUGCACUACUUUGGGACUUCUCUGACUUCUCUACCAAUCCCCCUCAUUAGAUCCACCUCCUACUUUUUAAUAUUUUGUGUAUUGUCUUUCCUAGACUAGAUUGUAAACUCCUUGAGGGCAGCAACUUUCUUUCUUUUUUUUUUUUUUUUUUCUUAUUUGUAUUACUGCUGCUUAGCACAGUGCCUUGCCCAGGGUUGAUGCUUAAUAAAAUGUUUAUUGAUUAUUGACUAAUGAGUUAACUCUUUGGUCUGCUCACCCAACUGCAUGCCACAAUCUGGCAAUCCACUGGGUUUUUCCAUUGUGAAGGACUAGACUGAUGUCUUUUAAGUAACCAUGAACCUCACUGAGGAGACCCUGUAGUAUUAUGGGACUCAAUGCAAUCAUUAUAUCAUCUGCAAACAGAAACAUCCGUAGUCUCUUACCCCAUGUAGAGAACCUCUAUUCUAUUUGAACUUUUCAUGGAACAUCCUCCAUGACUCCAGAGAACAAAUGUCUUUCUGUUUUGUGCCUUGCUUUAUGUUAAUUUUCAGAGGAUCAUUAAACAAAGCUAUUUCUGUA